AUGUCUGAUCCAACACCACAUUCACAUGCUUCAAAUCCAGAACGAAUACCUGCUGUUGAAAUUAAAAAUGAUAUUAAAAUUAAAGCGACUACAUCUAAUGAAGCAGCAAGUUCAAUUAUACCGUCGUCGUUACGCUCUUUACCUUUAACCGCAGUUAGCAGUCUGCCAUCAUCUGAUUCAUUAGCAAGAACUGUUCGAAGACAACGUCCAACAUUAUCUUUAACUUCAUCUUCUCAAUUACCUAUUGAAUUAAGAAAAACUAUUUUGUUCCGUGAAACCAUUUGUGCAUGCGACGUUUUUUUUGCAACGUUUUGUCCAUGCAACAUUGUGUCCAUGCAACAUUUUGUCCUUGCAACUAUUUGUCCAUACAACAUUUUGACCAUAACAAUUUGUCCGCAACAUUUUGUCCGCAACGAUAUGUCCGCGACAUUUUGUCUUGCAACAUUUUGA